AUGAAGUUGGUGGUGACCACGGGAGCCACGGUGACGUUCCGGCGUCUCCUAGCACGGGUGCUCGACCCUCAGUUCCUUGAUGAGCUCGAACUGGCCGGAUUCACCGAUAUCGUCGUCCAGUACGGUGCGGAAACCCGCAAUGGCGUCGACGUCAGCGCCCAGUACGUGCUGACGCUCGGAGAGAUGCCGCCGCUGGUGACGUUGGUGGGGCUCACUAACGACGUCCCCGCCCUUCUCAAGGGGGCGGACGUGGUGGUGACUCACGCCGGCACCGGGUCCAUCCUCGACGCCGUCCGCCUGGGCUAUUCGGUGGUGGUGGUGCCCAACUCCGAGCUCAUGGAUAACCAUCAACAGGAGAUCGCCACUGCUUUUGCCGGAUUAGGCGUAUGUGAGGCGGUCGACGUAACGGAGUUACUGGUGCUGCACUUAGUGCAAGCCGCUCGGACUCAGUAUAAGCAAUUGCCGCCACCGCAGCUGAUCGAGUCGGUGUUGGCCUACGAGCUUCAGGCAGGAGCACGUUAA